AUGUUCUCCAGAACCGAAAACCUGGCUCCCCCACAAACUGCCCAACCCGACUCUCAUGACGAUGCCACGGCAACCAGCGCCAAGUUCCAACAAGUCCCAGCAGCCGCUCGAUAUUCCAACCAACCAUUGACACCUUCAACGUGGGGUCGGGCUCUCCAGGGAAUUGGUGGAGGCAGUCUCGAGACCCUUUCCGAGAUCAUUCUCAGAGACAUCACCACACCAGCAGAGCGUCCUGUUGCCCUAAGCAUUCUUAGCUUUAUCUGGGCAGGCGGUUUCGCAUUUGGUCCUCUGAUCGGAGCAUCGUUCGCACAGCAAGCGACAUGGCGUUGGAUUGCCUGGAUCAACCUGCCUCUCCCUGGCAAUUCCCACCUUUCUGGUCCCAACAUCCGGCUUGCUUAA